UUUGAGCCGUCUACGUUGGCAACAUGGCGUCCUCAGAUGUCCACGUCCGAGUAUGUGAGCAAGAAAUACUCAAAUAUGACCUGGAAAUCAAAGCUCUCAUCCAGGACAUUAAUGAGUGCACAGGCCCUCAAAGCAAGCUGACAGAACUGAACGCAAAUGUGAAAAAGAGUUUCCACAAUCUCAGGUUGCGGAUUCAGGAUUUUGAGCAGAUGGCUAUGGAGCAGGACAAAGAGUCAGACAAACAAGCUUUGAUCAGUCAGGUGGAGGGACACAGAAAACAGAUGCUGAGCAACCAGACAGGUUGGAGGAAAGCCAACCUGGCCAGCAAACUGUCCAUCGACAAUAUGGAGAAGCAGGCACUUCUUAAUGGAGCAGAUAGUGCUGUGAGGCAGAGGAAGAUGACCAAAGAAGGCUUGGCUCAGACAACCAGCGACAUCACCGAGAACCUUAUGAGCAUCAGCCGAAUGAUGGCGCAGCGGGUUCAGCAGAGCGAGGAGACCAUGACGUCACUAGCCACCUCCUCGAGGACCAUCCAAGAGACCAAUGAUGAAUUUAAGACCAUGACGGGGACCAUCCAGCUCGGGAGGAAACUCAUCACCAAGUACAAUCGGAGAGAGCUCACCGAUAAACUGCUCAUCUUCUUGGCGAUCGCCCUCUUCCUCGCCACAGUUCUCUACAUCCUUAAGAAAAGACUGUUCCCCUUCCUGUAGACCAGCGGAGCAGAAAAGCUCUGGACAGCAGUGGCAGCGAUCACACAUGGCAGAGAUAGAGCAGCAUGCAUCCCUGCCUUUCUUCAGAUAAGACCCGGAAAAGCAGAUUAUUCCGACCCCGUUUCCCUCUCCCUUUCCAGUGUGGGUGGAGGGUGAGUGGGGGAUAUUUUUAGGUUUGUGUGGUGCUGUUAUCUGACGUUGCCUUUUCAACACCUCGGAGGAGAGGGUGGCCAGAGGAGCUCCAUGACCUUGCUACCCUGUUUGCAAUUGCCUGGCAUUGCCAUUUUGUUUUAAUACAUGUUGUCAGUGUAUUGAUUGUCAAUAAACAAAAAGUCUGGUGGCUUGA